AUGCAAUUCUCCAUCAAGGCUCUUAUUGGUGCUCUCGCCGCCCUUGCUGCCGUCAACGGCGCUGCUAUUAGCCUGCCUGCCGACGAGGCUCCCGAGCCAUCGGAGUCGCUCGAGGCUCGUAAGAUUGUCACGAUUCCCAUUCCCCUGCCGAUCGGUUUCUCGAAGUCGACGUCGACGUUCACGACGUACUCGAGCCUGCCAAGUGGUGUAAAGAACACCUGCCCUCCUAUCAAGACGGUCACAGACCUUAAGAAGACGACUAUUACGGUGCACGGCACACCUCCUCCCGGCGUCAAAAACGGUCAAACGCGCACGCAUGACCUCAAUGCCCGUGGUGAUGGCAUCAAGACGCUGGGUACCGUGUCCUUCCCUCUCAGCACCUCGAUUUCGGUCUCGUGCCCGAGCCAAACGGUCUUCACCGCGCACAAUACUCUUGUUGAGACUCUGUAUCUCGCGCCUCAGCAGUAA